CAACAAGGGUCGAUGAGCACCAACUAUGUGUCAGUCACUGUUUUAGGCACUAGGGACGCAGAAUUGAACAAAACAGAAAGUCUCCCUCCCUGUCCAAAGAAACUUCUCGUGGUGGAAGGCAGGCAGAAAACAAAAUAAGGAAGUAAAAUAUGGCAUGUCACAUGUUCAGGAGAUAAAUAAAUCAGAGUAAGGAAGAAAGUUACAGUUUUAAAUAGGGUGGUGAUGAAUUGGGGGAGCAAGCCACAGGAAGAACUGGGGGAAUCGUUUCACGUAGAGAGAACGCAAAGCCCAGAGGCAGAAGUACUCACGGCAUGUUUGAAGAGUAGCAGGGGCUCAUGUGGCUGGACCAUGAUUGGAAAAAAGCUCGCUCCUAUGCUGCUAAUGUGACUCUGGAUCCAGACACUGCCUACUUCGAACUCUUUGUAUCUGAAGAUCACCGAAGUGUGAAGCGGAAAAACACCCGACAGGAUCUGCCCGAAAAACCUGGGAGAUUUUUUCUUGACCCUUGUGUUCUGGGCCACGAAGCCUUCUCUUCGGGGAGACAUUACUGGGAAGUAGAAGUGGGAGACAGGGCUUACUGGGAGCUUGGGGUUUGUGAAGAAAAUAUACAGAGGACAUGGGGAAUCACAGAGUCACCUCAAAAUGGAUUCUGGGCUGUGGAACUGUAUGCUGACAAGUAUCAGGCCCUCACCUCUCCUCGGACCCUCCUCCCCUUGAGCGAGCCUCCUAGACGAGUGGGGAUCUUCUUGGACUAUGAGGCUGGGGAUGUCUCCUUCUACAGUGUGUCCGAUAGGUCCCAUAUCUUCACUUUCCCCCAGGCCUCCUUCUCUGGGGCUGUCCGGCCUUUCUUCUGUCUCUGGUUCUAUCACCCAACCCCUCUAACCAUCUGCCCCUGAGGCCGUCAGGUACCUGCUUUCUCUCAGUUGAACCUCCAGGGGAGAGCACAGGACUUGGGCUGAGGAGCCACUUCUAGAGACAACUCCCCCAGGACUCCUGCCCAAACCGGUGGUGAUGGCCGAGCCUCUCAGAUCUCCUGCUCUCAGAGCUGCAGAUGUUCCUUUCCCAGGCUUCCACGGGGCUGGACAAAGGUCGGGGAUAGUUUAUGAUGCUCCAGCGCUGAGUGGUGCAGAGGGCGAGAAAAAACAAAUGCAACACUACAGAGUCUUGCUGGGACAUGAGUGCGUCUGGUGUUGUUACCCUAGCUGGAAACUGAAAAAGGAACCUCGAGGGAAAGCAGAGAUGAGAAAUGGGGAUGGAAAGACUAGAGGGAUGGAGAGUAAUCUCUGACCUUGAUCUUCUCCCAGUGUCACCAAGAAAAGAAAAGCAGGUGUGGACUAGCAAUGAGAGUCUUUAAUGCGCCUGCGUAACAAGAACAACAGCAGGAAGCUGUGUCUGGAUGGGGCUUUGCCAUUUUCACAGUCUUUUCGUACAAGGACUUUUCAUUUGGACCCACAUGGAACUGUGGGAGAUACUAAAUAAGACACAUAGAGAAGAGUCACUUUCCCAGGGUCAUUCUGCAGAUCUGGAGCUCGGCUUUACAUCUAAUGUUCUUAAAUCUAAUGUUGCAUCAUAUCACAUCUCAUAAUCCAAUAAAUCCUUUAGUAAGCAGCUUCAAUCACUUAUAUCGCUUUCAACCUAGCUUUCUCGAAAAUUCUUUUCUAGUUUGUGGGUUUGUUUACUUACCCUUUUCCUUAAAUAGCUUCCGGCCUUUAAAAAUAUUUUGUUUCACCAGCAAUUGAGUGCAUAUUUGCUAGCUUUUUCUAUGAUUAUAACAAACGCUCUCACACACAAUAUUUCUAAUGAAAAUUGGACCUUCCUAUAUAUUUUGUAAGGAUCCCUGGUGGUGCAACGAUUAAAGGCUCAGCUGUUAACCAAAAGGUUGGUGGUUUGAACCCACCAGCUGCUCCGCAGGAGGAAAACCUGCUCCUGUAAAGAUUGAAGCCUAGGAAACCCAAUGGGGCAGUUCUACUCUGUUGCAGGGAGUCUCUAUGAGUCAAAAUCAACUCGCCAGCACACAACAACAUAUGUAUUGUUCCAUGACAUGCUUCUUUCACUUAACACUAAAUGUUAAACACUAAAAAAAAAAAAAAAAACCAAAAUUCUCGUGUUAUUCAUAAGAUAGCCUUCUUUCUUCCCCAUUUCAAAUAAUGCUGCUGUAAACAUCUUUGCAUGUAAAUCAUUGUGCAUAGCUCUUAUCACUUUCACAGAAUAAAUAUCUAAAUUGCAUUUGUCCUUAUGAUAAAUUCUUGAAAGUGUGAUUGCUGUUAGAAAAAGAAAAAAAAGGUGGGAGUUUUAAUUACUAUCAAAUGCCUACAUAUUUCCUGGGUGAUUCAAACAGUUAAUGCUCUCAGCUGCUAACCGAAAGACUGGAGGUUCGAGUUCACCCAGAAGCACCUCGGGAGAAAGGUGUAGCAAUCUGCUUCCAAAAAAAUCAGCCAUAGAAAACUAUGGAGCAUGUAUUUUUCAUGGCUCACUCCAUGUGCGGCACUCUUGUAAACAACUUGUCCGUAUUCA